UUCGGUAUUCGACGAAAAGUUAGCAAAGGAAUAAAUUAAAAUAAGACAUAAAAAUCCUGGAGAGUAGAACAAUAAACUCGAAAAUUAGCUUAUUUACACCUAAAAUGGUUACGACAACAGAAAAGGAUAACGAUGUCGAGGAAGUUUCUCAAAACAAUGAGAAUACUAUUGACAUUACCGUCAGUGAUGAAGAUGAUGAAAUUUGCGAGGUGGAACAUUUAAGAAAACUCUUUGUUGGCGGUCUAUCAGGAGAGACUACCGAAGCAAGCUUGCGUAAAUUCUAUAGUAAAUAUGGCAAAGUUGUAGACUCGGUAGUGAUGAGGGACAAUGUGACAAAACGUUCUAGAGGUUUUGGAUUUGUAACAUUUAGUAAGAUCGCUAUGGUUGACAAGGCCCAAGCCAGUCGACCACAUAUAAUCGACGGCAAAAAAGUUGAAUCUAAACGUGCUCUACCUCGGCCUGAACCUGCUGCCCCGGAUAACACAAAGGGUCUGACCGUAAAGAAACUUUUUGUUGCUGGUCUUAAAGAUGAACACGAUGAGGAUUGUCUUAAGGAAUACUUCUCGGAGUUUGGAAAUGUGGUUUCGGUGGAGAUUUUAGUAGACAAAACCAAUGGCAAGCGUCGAGGCUUAGCGUUCGUAGAAUUUGAUGAUUAUGAUGCCGUAGAUAAGGUUGUAUUGCAAAAAUCCCAUGUGGUUAAAAAUGUUUUGUUGGAUGUUAGAAAAUCAAUUUACAAAAGAGAGGAGCCGAAAAAACCCAACGACAAAGAUGCUGCACCACAAAAAAGCAAAGAGCAGUCAAAUAAAAUUGAUUCACGUAUUAAAAAUGGGCCUUUCCCAAAUAAUAAUAAUAUGCCACCUGGGCCAUAUCCAGGAGGAUAUCCACCACACAUGAACCGUCAGCAUCCAACGCCACCCCAACAAAUGCCUCCCUAUCAACAGGUUCCUCCACCAGCUUAUAAACAAUGGGGUCCACCACCACCUCAGCAGUAUCCCCAGGGACCGCCUCCUUCAAGUUAUGGAGGUUACCAACAACAACCGCCAAUGCCACCGCCAAAUCAAAAUGUUGGUCCUCCUCCAAAUUGGAAUAAUUACCCCCCUCCAAUGGCAAACAACUGGAAUGGACCACCACCUCAAGGGCCUGGUCCUUUAGCAUCACGACCACCGGCCUGGCAAAACAAUCAAUGGGCUGGAGCAGCACCACCGCCUCCAGUGGCUCCUUGCCCACCGGUUCCUUCAGCAAAUCAAUGGCAAAAUAAUCAAUGGGGAGCCACAGCACCGCCUGCAGUACCCGCCGCAGUUGGACCAUCUGCAAAUCAGCCUCCUCCUAAUUGGCAACAACCCCCUACACCCCAAAAUAAUGGCCCUCCACCUCCAGCUGUACCGCAUCCACAAACACCAGUCAUGUAUCCACCACCCGCUGCAAAUCCGGCAGCUCCGCCCGUACCCAAUAACUUUGGCAAUGGUUAUCAGCAGAAUUAUGGUGGGGGACCAACAAAACAUCCAAAUAUGUAUUCGAAUCGUAUGAAUCCAUAUGGAGGUCCAAAUCAAUACAGUAAGUUCGCUAAAUGUGGCAUUGAAAUGAUUCCAAAGAAGAAAGUAAUAAGUAAGAAAUUCCAUGUUACUAAAAAGUGUAUCUAUUAUCGGUGGCUAAAAAGUCUAAAAAUGAUCUUAUGA